AUAUAUGUAUUAAAAAAAAUAAAUAGUCGACAACAAUGAUAGGUGACAAAAUUAACAAAUAUCUAAAGCACCUGUACCACUAUACCGAUCAAACAGGUGCCGCCGAAAUCCUACGGUGCGGUUAUCUACGUCCGAGUCCGCGAACCAAUUUGUUUGACGAGGGUAUCUAUUUGACUGGUUUGGCUCCUAAUCUGUAUACGCGUCAGGAAAUCCUAUACAACAACUACGGUUCCCAAUGGUAUGACUAUGACGGACGGGCCGACUAUGUGGUAGUAAUCAAUUGGGACGAUCUGGACCCGUGGCUUCUGCGCCGGUGCCGGCUUGCGGUCCGCAGUCGUAAUUUUCUAUGCUAUCGACACGUUAGGGUCAGGGUUGACAACAAACAGGUCAUACGGUACGAGGAUUAUACUGUUGAUGGUUGUAAUGGAGAUAUUGGUGAUAAUGGAGGUACUGGAGGUACGGGAGAUACUGGAGGUACGGGAGGAACUGGAGGUACGGGAAGUACUGGAAGUACUGGUGGAUCUGGAGCUGCUGGAGGUACUGGAGGUAGUGGUCAAACUGUUUGUCCGGAAAUAAUAACUAUAAUAGACUAAUAAUAAUAACUAAAUUUUUUGUAUAAUAAAAAAAAUUUGCUAUAAAUUAUA